ACCCUGACCAUGGCGGAUUUUGGGGAAAUCCUGCGUAAUAUAGGAGAGUUUGGAUUAUUUCAGAAGACCAUCCUAUUUGCUCUUUGUUUUCCAAACCUCAUUUUGCCUUUUCACUUUGCGAGUGUGAUUUUCACCCAGUCUGAUCCGGAGAGACACUGUAACACAGACUGGAUCCUGAAAGCUGCUCCAAACCUGACCGCAGAGGAGCAGCUGAACCUCACUCUGCCCCGGGAGGAGGAUGGGAGCUUCAGCAGGUGUCAGAUGUUCGUCCCUGUGGACUGGGACAUCCACACCAUCAGGGAGUACGGACUUAAUGAAACAACCAGGUGCAUGAACGGAUGGGUAUAUGGCAGCAUGCUGUAUGAGUCGACCAUAGUUACCGAUUUUGAUCUAGUUUGUGACCAGGCUCAUUUGUUGGGAGUUGCACAGACAGUGCUUAUGGCUGGCAUCCUCGCUGGAUGUCUCUUACUUGGACCUUUUGCUGAAUCGUUUGGUCGCAAACGAGCAGCUCAGAUCCCCGUAGUUCUGAUGGUUGUAUUCACUGUAACAACUGGAUUAUCUCCAACCUACUCCUUAUAUUUGGUGUCCCAGUUCGUGGUGGGAAUUGGCUAUGGAGGCUAUCGGCUCAACGGCGUCAUCCUAAGCACUGAAUGGAUCGGGGUGUCCAAACGAUCAUGGGGAGCAUGCAUAACUCAACUAUGUGCUGCCAUUGGACAGGCCAUCCUCGGUGGCAUGAUCUACUUCAUCAGAGAUUGGAGACUGGCUCAAAUGGUCACGGCUGCUCCGAUUGCUGUGAUUGCCUUUUACAUAUGGUUUAUUCCAGAGUCAGCCAGAUGGUUGCUGGACAGGGGACGGACAGAGGAGGCUAAAGAGCUGAUCAUCAAAGUGGCGGCCAUUAACAAACGCAAAGUUUCAGACUCUCUACUGGAAAAGAUUGUUAUCAAAGAAACUGAGCAAACAGGAGGCAUACUGUAUCUUAUUCAAUCUCCUGUGCUUAGGAAGUAUUUUCUUACCAUUAUUUUGGCAUGGUUUUCACUAAAUGUUACCUACUUCUGCCUUUCGUUGAAUGUGGGGAACUUCGGCUUGGACAUUUUCCUGACCCAGGCCCUGUUUGGGCUCUCUGAAGUACCAGCUCAUAUUAUCUGCAUUUGGCUGCUGGAGGCAGUGGGGAGAAAAGUGUCACUGAUGUCCACACUUCUGAUGGGGGGACUUCUUUGCAUGUUGAUCCUCGCUGUUCCUCAAAGCAACGCCAUUGCUGUCACUGCAUUAGCAAUUGGAGGACGAAUUUUGACCAACUGGGCAGGAUCUAUAUGCAAUUUAUAUGUUCAAGAGCUGUUUCCAACAUCUUUUCGACAAACAGCCUCAGGUUUGGGCUCUAUUGCGAGCCGAGUUGGGGGAUUGCUUUCCCCACUGCUCAACAUGUUGGCUGUCUACCACUGGUCCAUCCCUAUCGUAGUCUACAGCAGCCUUACCAUUCUCAGUGGAGCUCUCUGCUUCCUGCUCCCUGAAACCAGAAGAACAGAGCUCCCCGAUUCCACCCGUGAAGCUGAAGGAAACGGGAAGACUCAGCAGAAUCGGCAAAACGACUCGAAUGAAGAUUUACAAAACAAAUCAACCAAAUUGUAAUAUGUAUAGUUCUGUUUUUAAUGCACUAAACAUUAUUUCAUUUACUCUUUAGUCUAUAAAUGAUGCUAAGCAUUGGAAAAAUAUGGUUUGUUUUUUAUCUUCUGUAGCCAUCAAACCUCCAGACAAUUUUAAUUCCAGUUUAAUUAUUGGUGCGGUGUUGUUUAUUUAUGCUCAGAUGUUAAAGUGACCUUGCUUCUAGCUAUUAAUGUUUUCUACUCCUUUCCAUCUGGUAGCAGCAUAAAUCAUUUACAGUCUAACCUACUUCUACAACUUUAGUCAGUCAAACUGUUUGUUAAAGAUUUCUCCUGCUUAUGUUCAUUUUGUAUAAAAAGAACAAUUCUUUAACUUACGGUUCCAUAAAUUACAGGGAUGAACUCAGGACAUAAAAGUCACGGCGUAAUGUCUGUACAUUUAGUUUGUCGUCACAUUUGUUUCAAGAUGAACAUAAAAACCUUUAAACCGAAGCCUUUAUGGCUCAUAUUUUUGUUGUUUUGAGACAAUUUUGAGAAUCUCUGGCUUACAGCUUGUACUGCUUCUUUAUUGUACGGUGUGUUUAUUUAAUGAUCGCUCACAUUAACUGCACCCUUUUAAUAUAAAUAUUAUUAGCUAUAUUCCAGGAACAGCCUACGUUGCAAAUGCUAUAAAUUUGGUGAUGAAUUCAACUCUUGUUUAUGGAAAAUAAUUACACAUGAAAACAUCAGGUACACAUAUGGCUAAGAAACCUAUUUUCUAGUAGGGUUCAAGAACUGGAACCCUCCUUUGAACGUUAGUAACUGUUUGUAGCUUCCUUAUCUGCACAAAGCCUACACAAUUAUCUAAAAUAAAGGGACGUUUUUGUUGUUGUUCUUGCUAAGAUCUUGUCAAGAUCUAAAUUUUUUGUUCCAUUUGAGAUUUGAUGUGUUAUUAAAAUGUUCCUUUAAUAUUUUGGCGUAGUGUAUUAUAAAUUGUAUCACUUACUAACAUGAUGUAAGUAAGCAAGAAGUGGAUUUUGCACAAUGUAGUCUGCUUGUUGUGGUUGGUCUUAUCCCUAAUGAUUAAUCUAUUGUAAAAGGGCAAAUGCAAAUUUGCACACUGUAUAUGUAAUGCCAUUUAUAUGAAUUACAUAAUUUUGU